AUGUGCGGAAUCUUAGGAUGUCACUGCGUGCCUGACGCAAAGGCCUUCAAGGCGACGGCUCUGAAGAUGGUCAAGCAAUGCCGUCACCGCGGUCCAGAUUGGUCUGGAAGCUACGUCGCAAACAACACAAUCUUGGCCCAUGAGCGUCUGAGUAUCGUUGGUGUCGACAGUGGAGCGCAGCCUCUUACCAACCAGGACGAGAGUAUUGCGCUUGCAGUCAAUGGCGAGAUCUACAACCACAGAGUCAUCCGGAAGACCCUGAAGACCCCGUAUCAUUUCAAGACGCACUCUGAUUGCGAGGUUAUCAUUCCUCUGUACAUGGAGUUUGACAUCGAUGCACCCAAGCACCUGGAUGGAAUGUUCUCCUUCGUCCUCUACGACAAAUCCCAAGACCGCACCAUUGCCGCCCGCGACCCCAUUGGAAUAACAAGCUUGUAUCAGGGAUGGUCGAGUAAGAUGCCAACUGCGGUAUUCUUCGCUUCUGAGCUGAAGUGCCUGCAUUCGGUUUGCGACAAGAUCAUUGCAUUCCCGCCAGGACACAUCUAUGACUCAAAAACCAACAAGACGACCAGAUACUUCGAGCCCACAUGGUGGGAUUCCUCCAAGGUUCCUUCAAAGCCGCUCGAUUUGAAGCUGCUGCGUGAGACAUUCGAAAAGUCUGUACGAAAGCGCAUGAUGGCGGAAGUGCCGUAUGGUGUUUUGUUGUCAGGAGGUCUUGACUCGAGUUUGGUUGCUUCAAUUGCGCAGCGGGAAAACCUGCGCUUGAAGGAUGCUGCUCUGAAGAAUAUUGAGGCCAAUGGAGAGGCUCAGGGAGACACUGACAAGGGGGAGGGCUUGGUUGGUAUUGACGAUGAUGACAAGCUGUCAACUGUCACCUAUCUGCCACAACUGAACUCCUUCUCUAUCGGUCUUCCCGGUGCUCCAGACAGCAAAGCUGCAAAGGAGGUCGCGAAGUUCCUCGGAACCAAGCACCACGAUAUGACUUUCACUAUCGAGGAAGGCUUGAACGCGUUGACCGAUGUUAUCUAUCACUUGGAGACAUUCGAUGUGACUACUAUCCGUGCCUCGACACCUAUGUUCUUGCUCUCUAGAAAGAUCAAGGCCAUGGGCGUGAAGAUGGUUCUGAGUGGUGAGGGUAGUGAUGAGGAGUUCGGAGGAUAUCUGUACUUCCAUGCUGCACCUGACAAGGCGGCUUUCCACGAGGAGACCGUCCGCAGAGUUAAGAACCUCCAUCUGUGGGAUUGCAUGAGAGCAAACAAGUCAACCAUGGCUUGGGGUGUGGAAGCUCGUGUUCCGUUCUUGGACAAGGAGUUCCUGGAAGUGGCCAUGAACAUCGACCCUGCGGAGAAGAUGAUCACCAAAGAUAGAAUUGAAAAAUAUAUCAUGCGAAAGGCUUUCGAUACUUCGGAUGAACCUGGCGCAAAGCCAUACUUGCCAGACCACAUCUUGUGGAGACAAAAGGAGCAGUUCAGUGAUGGUGUUGGUUACGGAUGGAUCGACGCCUUGAAAGACCAAGCAGAACUCCACGUUACCGAUGAGAUGAUGAAGAACCCGAAGCCAGAAUGGGGCGCCGAUAUUCCAGAUAGCAAGGAAGCUUACUGGUACCGAACAAUGUUCGAUGAGCACUUCCCCCCCUAUUGCGCCGACACUGUCAUGCGAUGGACUCCGACAUGGUCAAAACAAACCGAUCCCAGUGGAAGAGCAAUUGCGACUCACAACCAAAAGUAUGACUCGGCCAAGGAAUAG